GGGAAGAAAGAUUGAUGCGGCAUGGGUUCACAUCCCUUAGUGACCGGAGCUGCUCUGGAAACGUUCGAAUCCAAAGCUGCUGUGACACGAGGUAUGUUUGGUGCUAACCGGAAGAAGUUUAUGGAGGGGGGGGUGGAGAACGACUACUCGGACGACUCAAGCCUCUACUACAGCCAGCAGUCCAUGUUCCCUCCUCACCGCCCAGAUAAAGAUAUGUUGGUGUCUUCCUCUGCUUCCUCAACGGGUCAACUGUCACAGCUGGGAGCCAGUUUAUAUGGUCCGCAGAGUGCGUUGGGGUUUCCCAUGCGUGGUAUGAACAGCAGCGCAGCCCCUCAGUUAAGUCGAAGUGGUCUGAACCAGUCUGCCAGCCAGCUCUCCAGUCAUGCCAGUACACCCAACUCUGGAACAAUGCACACGCCUCCAUCACCGAGCAGGGGCAUCCUGCCUAUGAACAGCCGGAGUGUCCUGAACCACAGCCAGCAGGUGGGCGGUCCCACGGCUCAAGCGGGAGGGAUGGGUGGUGGCAGCAGCGACAGGGGGGGUGGCGGCGGAGGAGGGAGGAGCGGCAGCAUGGGGAGUCCCAGCCGGUCGUCGCCCAGCAUCAUCGGGAUGCCUAAACAGCAGCAAGCACGGCAGCCGUUCACGAUUAACAGUAUGUCAGGGUUUGGGGUGAACAGGAAUCCCGGCUUCAACCUAAACAACUCAUUAUCCAACAACAUCUUCAAUGGAACAGAUGGCAGUGAGAAUGUGACGGGGCUGGACCUGUCGGAUUUCCCGGUGUUAGCAGAGAGGAGUCGGAGGGACGGAGGUUCGAAUCCCACCCCGCUGCUCAACCCGCUGGCCGGUCGGGCGCCUUACGGUGGGAUUGGCAUGGUAACCAAGCCGUCCAGUGAGCAGUCGCAAGACUUCUCGAUCCAUAACGAAGAUUUCCCAGCUCUCCCUGGUCCCAACUACCAAACAAAAGACCCCAGCAGCACCAACGAGGACAGCAAAACGAAUCUGAACUCGUCAGGAAAGUCCACCUCUAACUCAGAUGGUCCAAAGUUCCCCGGUGACAAGAGCUCUGCACCUAGCAACAACAACCAGCAGAAGAAAGGGAUCCAGGUUCUUCCUGACGGGCGCGUGACCAACAUCCCGGUCGGCAUGGUAACGGACCAGUUUGGAAUGAUUGGCUUGCUGACGUUCAUCCGGGCGGCGGAGACGGACCCUGGCAUGGUCCACCUGGCGCUGGGCUCGGACCUCACCACGCUGGGCCUCAACCUCAACUCACCCGAGAAUCUCUAUCCCAAAUUUGCGUCUCCCUGGGCGUCAGCUCCAUGUCGACCGCAGGAUAUCGACUUCCACGUCCCGUCAGAGUAUUUAACCAACAUCCACAUAAGGGACAAGUUAGCAGCUAUCAAGUUGUCUCGAUAUGGUGAAGAUCUGCUGUUUUAUCUCUACUACAUGAACGGUGGAGACCUACUACAACUGCUGGCUGCAGUAGAACUCUUUAACAGGGACUGGCGGUAUCACAAAGAAGAGCGGGUUUGGAUCACUCGGGCUCCGGGGAUGGAGCCCACGCUGAAGACCAACGCCUACGAGAGAGGGACCUACUACUUCUUCGACUGCAUCAACUGGAGAAAAGUGGCCAAGGAGUUUCAUCUGGAGUACGAUAAACUAGAAGAACGGCCUCACGUUCCCUCCACCUUCAACUACAAUCCUGCCCAGCAGGCCUUCUGAUUGGCUGUCCCUCCUCCUGCCUGCCUGCCAUUGGCCCUCCUGGCUCAUCCAUCACCCCCGUCUAGGUUUUAUUCCACCUCCACACACAUUUAACGUGAAUCUGGCCGUUGAGGAGUCGGGACAGGAGAGGACGUCCCGUCUCUUGACCUCUUAAGACUUUAUCAUUUUAACUUGACCGACCUUCUUUGUUCUUUACCUCAUUUUAUUUUGUUUUUAACUUUAUUUCCCACCCUCCCUCCAUGGGUUUGGUUCUGUUUUGUGGAGCACAGACUUAAUGUCAACAGACAGCACAGUACAACAAUCACAGACACGAGAGCUGUAAAUAACUGUCCAUCUGAUCGAGUGAUUCUCGUUUCUACUCCGUCUUUCAGAAUCUACUAUUUUUUUGUCAAGAGAAGCUUUUAAGAAGAAGCAGAUUUUAACACAGAACAAAGGAUUCGAUCACAAACGUCAGGAUGGAUAAUUAUUUCACUCCGGGUCUGAAGAACUAAAGAUAUUUAUCAGUUUUCUUUAUUUUUAUCAGUUUUCUCCGACAUUACACAUCAGAGCACACACAUCAGCAAACAGUGGACAGUCAGGAGAGGAAAUGCAAUGUACAUUGUAGCACUAUUUCAUAAUAAAAGGAGAAAAAACA